CUUAGGACCCAGUCUGAAUUUAUUGUUGCAUCUUAGAGGUGAUGUAAUUUAUGUUGUGUUUCACUGUCCCAUUUAAGAGAAAGAAAGCUGUUAAAGACUGUUGUCAUGUAUUCUGGGCUUUUUCUGCACUAUUCUGCACUAUUCUCACAACAUAGGAUAUACAGUAACUGAAAAUUGCUUUUAAAAAAGCAACCAGUAUUACGAUUGGGCCACCCUUUGAAACAAAAAUACUUUUUUAAAAUAAUCUUUAUAGCUGAUAAGGGUUUUAUGUCCUGUCAGUAACUCAAGUGAUCUUGUUUUGCAUUUAUUACUAUGAGAAAUAGCAGUAAUUAGAUGAUGAUAUAUUGCCUGUGAUAAUUAUUUUCACCAGUUACCUACUUUGUACAGUGACUCUUGAAAUAAAAAAGCUUUUUACAUAGUGUAUUGUUCACUAACAUUAAAUGUGCAGCUCUUGGUGGUAUUAAAUGUUUUCCUUAGCAUUUUUCUUCAUGCAUUAUUUAAAAUAAAUUCUGCUUUAGACAUGCCAAUUGCUUUGCAUAUCUUUCUUUUGCAGUGUUGUGGCUUUCUUCUUGAUUCUGUUCUGUAUUAUAACUGAAGAUAUAUUUAUUUCUGCUUAGCAGUAGCAGUGGUUACACCUGAUAGAAGCCCGCGGCCUACAUCUGCACCAGCUAUUGCUCAGAGCCAUGUUACUGAGCCAACUGUACCAGCCGUAUCUGUCAACAAAGAACCUGCAGUUCUUAAAACUGAAAAGGAAACAGUAAAAAAAGAAGUAAAACUUGAAGGAACUUUGCAAGAUAAAGCCAAAACAGAACCAGCUGAAGGAUUUCAGGUGGGGAAAACGCAUAUCAAAAUGUCAAUACCCAGCACAAAUGGCGACCAAAAUCAGAAAAGAUCAAAGAGACUAGAUGGUGAAAACAUUUAUAUAAGACAUAGCAAUUUAAUGUUGGAGGAUCUAGAUAAAACCCAAGAAGAAAUAAAGAAGCAUCAUGCUAACAUCAGUGAACUGAAGAAAAACUUCAUGGAAUCUGUUCCUGAGCCACGGCCAAGUGAAUGGGACAAACGCCUCUCUACUCAUUCUCCUUUCAGAACGCUUAACAUCAACGGACAGAUUCCCACAGGAGUAGAAGGAGUCAAGAAAGCCACAUUUCAGCCCUGUGAGAGACAGAUCACUGGGCCAGAGAGUGUGCGUGACUGUCCCUUCAAAGAGGAUGCAGAUGAUGUGACAGAGGGGAAAAAUAUUACCUCUCACUUUGAAUGGGAGGUCUCAAAGCAUUCAGUAGGCUUUAGUGAGAGCCAAAUGUCAGCCACACUGGAGUCUACACAAAUUCAUGAAUCAGACUCCUUUUCAAUAAGCAGCAAGGAGCAGAAAGAGGAGGGUGCCACUGCUCUUCUUGAGAGCAAGGAAGAUCUAAAGUGUGAAAAGGGAUUUUACUCAAAUAUGGAAAAGGAAGCUGAGGAUUCUAAACAGGCUGAGGUGGAAAUAUCUGUAAUCCCUGUUUCACCUCCAUUGUACCUCCAUGAGCAAGAGGAGGAAGCUUGUGGUGUUGAAGAAACAAAAUUUAUCUGCGAGCCACUUAGAAAGCUAAAUGGAGAAUAUUACAAUCCAAAUGUUGAUCAUGAAUUUCCUGCUCUCAUUCGCUGUUUCCAGCCCCCCCUUGUGAAAACUCAGACCGUUACCAUCUCUGAUGUGUCUAAUACUGUGAAAAGUGAAAUUCCAACUAAAGACGUUCCAAUUGUUCAUACAGAGACCAAGACUAUAACUUACGAAGCUGCACAGAUUGAUGACAGCAGUGGGGAUUUAGAUCCUGGAGUUCUCCUUACUGCUCAGACUAUCACUUCAGAGACUACCAGCAGUACUACAACCACACAGAUAACGAAGACUGUAAAAGGUGGAAUUUCAGAAACACGAAUUGAAAAACGAAUUGUCAUCACAGGAGAUGCAGACAUUGAUCAUGAUCAAGUUUUAGUUCAGGCCAUCAAAGAAGCUAAAGAGCAACAUCCAGAUAUGUCUGUAACCAAAGUCGUCGUUCAUCAAGAGACUGAGAUUGCAGAAUAAAUAGUUUAUACCAGGUGAUGCUUGUUUCAUUCUUUGAAGGCCACCCAAGAUAUACCAGCAGAACUACAAAGAAACUUUCGAACACCAUGACCUCAAACUUGCCAGAUUUAUUCUCAAUUACACAUUUUAUCAUUUAUUGUUAGGAAGUUGUGCUUUUUGAUGUUUACUUGGGAUUCUCUUUAAUAUUAUAUGUCCCUUUUCAUUGGUUUUAAUAUUGUGACUGACAAUUUGCCAUAUUUUACAUGUGCUGAUGUGCUUUUUUAAAAAAUGAUUUUUUUUAAUUUCCUUUUCCUAUGCCAUUUUCUGAAUCUGUAUUAUGAUGUCAAAAAGAGUACACAGGGCUUAUCAAAAAAAUGUUGCCUUUAAGUGUGAUUCUGUUCACCUUUCUGUUCCACAAGUAGCUUGCGUUCUCUCCUACCUUUUGAAUAAGUUACCAUGUGGCAUAUCAGUGACUUAGAAGUAGCCCCUCUUGUCAGAAAAAUCACUGUGUGCAAAACUUUAAUUUGAUUGACUGAUCUAUAAAAUGUCCAGAGUAUCCUAACCAGAGCAUACUUUGCCUGUGGAUUUCCUUCGCUUUUGUGGAUAUGUCUGUCUUUAGAUGCUUGAACAUAUCCCGAGGUUGUGGUGUUUAUAUAAGUAAUUCAGUAGUUGCCUAGGUUCAGGGACAAUGGAAGUUGCUUUUUAUACUGUGAAUUGUAGAGCUUUUAAAUGAAUUGUGGUAAGGCAUUCAACUCUCAUCUGCUCUUUUCUCCCUCCACCUUUGUUUUGCUUUACAGUCCUUAGUAGGUGUUCCUUGUAAUUCUAUCUGCUGUUUAGCCCCAUUAAGCUAUGAGACUAAGAGUAAUAGACCUUGAACACAAUUAAGUUAGGCUAUGAUUUAUCAUGUUUUUUCCCUCCCCCCCUCCUAGUCAUUUGUAGGUUUGGGUGGAGGGUUUUGUUUUAUUUUUUGUUUAUUUUUUGUGCAGAGGGGGACAAGAGGCAAAUAAAGAUUUAAAAUCAUACAUUUUAAACAAAAGCUAAACUUAGAGCUCUGGCAAUAUAUCGGGAUAAGGGAUAUAAUUCCUAUAUAAUUGUUAAAAACAAUCUGGCAUUCCUUUCAUGAAGAUAGUAUUGAAGGCUAUCAGUCAGAAUAGGGUCCUGUUUCCUCAGUGAAAAGUUAUUUGAAGAGGGAAUAUAUUAAUUUCCAUCAGACAAUACUUUUUGCAAGACAAUACUCUGUCGUCCUUCUUGGGGGCAACCCUAACCACAGUGCACUGGUGUGGUAUCUCUCUCUCUUGUUUCCUUUAGAUCAUUUAGAUCAUCAAAAAAACAAACAAACAAGAAACCAUGAACAGAGGUCAUUGCACUUGGUAAAUUACACCAUUAGCUUUUUCACUAUUAACAUUAGAAUGAAAGCAUAGAAUUCCGCAUCAGUUGCGGUCCUCAGCCCCUUAAUAUCUAAGGAAUAUAUUCAGAGAAAGAGCAACAAGUAAUUUAUGAAAGGGGUCAGUGGGAGUUUUUUUAAAAAAAGAUAAUACUGACUUUACAUUACUUUCAAACAAAAGACAGAUAGGACUACUCUUUUUUAAAAAAAAAAUACUUCACUUUUCUAUGAGUAUUGCAACCUGCAUGUUCAGUGAUUGGAUUCCAAUUUGAAAUUCCCGUAAAUUUCAAAAAUAGGCCAUUACUUAUUGGAUAGUUCUUUUUUCCUAAAAUAUGUGAAGGCUUUGUAAAGAUACAACAAGAAACAGCUCUACCUUUUCUUAGAAGAGCUCAAUUUCCGUAAAUAAAAGCUUUCAUUUACUAUUUGGCAUAAUGCUACUUGUCAUAUUGCAUGUUCCUUUCCCUCUCAAAUGUGAAGUGUUUGUAACAUUUUGAAAGUGUUUUGAGAUGGAAUGCUGUUUGAUCAAUUUUGCUUUACUAUGCUCUGGACAUUACAUCAUGUUUCCAAUGAAUGCAGAUUUCCCCCCCCCCACCUCCACGGAAAAUAAACAGGAUUGCGUUGUAAUAGUAUUAAUGAAAGUAAUUGUGAAAGCAGUAGAAUAAGUUUCCUAACAAUAUUACACUGAACUAGAAUAAACUCUGGGCACUUAAUGUAUUUAUUACAAAACUAGCUAUUUAUUGUGGUAGACAACUAAUUGGAACA